UCUAAUUGUUAACAAACUCGUCCUCGCGGGGAUAAACUGUGAUAUAUAUAGUAUAAAAUUUUAUUCGUUAGUCCAUUUCGAUGUUUAGUAUAAAAAUAUGGAUAAUGUCAGUGCGCUCCUCUCUACGUGGAAUGCCUAAUAAAAUCAUCGAGUGUACCAAAAAGGACGGACUCUCCUGCGAAAUGAGCUGGGGAGCGUUCGUCAGGGUGCAGGGAAAAUCAAGGAAAGGCCAAACCGUGACAAAGCACUCGACAAAUAGCGAAGGACUCCUUCUUUGAGAAUCCCUUCGCAGGUUAUCGUCAACCUCUGCUCUCUUCAGCUUCGACCGGCUGCACCAUUCUACGUUGACGUAAUUUCAAAACAUGGCCACGAUGACAGUUAAAGACUUCUACCGGGACAAGUCUAUCUUCAUCACCGGAGGCACAGGAUUCAUGGGCAAAGUCCUGGUCGAGAAACUGCUCAGGUCCUGCCCCGGAAUCAAAAACAUUUAUUUAUUAAUGAGGCCAAAGAGAGGACAAGACGUGCAGCAGAGGUUACGGGAACUCCUUAACGCUCCGCUGUUCGAGAAGUUGAGACGCGAUUGUCCCGACGAGUUACUGAAAAUUGUACCUGUAGCCGGUGACGUGACGGAGCCGGAGCUGGGCAUUUCGGAGGCCGACCAGGGAAUGCUGAUUCGCUGCGUCUCCGUCGUCUUUCAUUCGGCCGCGACCGUAAAAUUUGACGAAGCGUUGAAAUUGUCCGUAACCAUCAACAUGCUGGGAACUAAACGCCUCGUCCAGCUGUGCCAUCGCAUGCAAAACCUCGAGGUCCUGAUCCACGUUUCCACGGCUUAUUGUAACUGCGAUCGCACAGACGUCGGGGAGGAAAUUUACCAAGUACCGCAGGACCCUGAGCAGGUAAUUGCCUGUACAAAGUGGAUGGACGACUCCCUGGUCGAAGAACUAACGCCCAAGUUGAUCGCUGGUCGUCCAAACACAUACACGUUUACCAAAGCCUUAGCAGAAAGGAUGCUUUUAAGAGAGAGCGGUUCUUUACCGGUAGCUAUCGUAAGACCUUCCAUCGUGUUAUCAUCCUUGAAAGAACCAGUCGCAGGAUGGGUGGACAAUUGGAACGGUCCGACCGGCAUCAUCGUGGCUGCCGGGAAGGGUUUCUUUAGGACAAUGUUGUGCCACGAGGACAAAGUCGCCGACCUGGUCCCGGUGGACAUAGUAAUCAAUUUGAUGAUCUGCGCGGCGUGGAGGACCGCCACCCACCGGACCGACAGCAUCACGGUAUACAACUGCUGCACCGGGAUGCAGAACCCGAUAACGUGGCAGAAGUUCGUCGACCUGUCGUUCAAGUACAGCCGGAUGUACCCGGCGAACAACGCGAUCUGGUACCCCGGAGGACGUUGCCGGAGCUCGGCGUUCCUGAACCGAGUCUGCGUCACCUUCCAGCACAUGUUGCCGGCCUACCUGGUGGAUUUCCUAGCUCGACUGAGAGGCUCUCAGCCCUUCAUGGUGCGCAUCCAAGGCAAGCUGGACAAGGCGGCUCGGUGUCUGGAAUACUUCAGCACCCAGCAGUGGAACUUCAGGGACGACAACGUCAGGAGGCUGGGCGAACAGCUGAGCCCCGAAGACCGGCAGACCUUCAUGUUCGACGUCAAGCAGAUCGACUGGCCGUCUUACCUGGAGAACUACAUUCUAGGGAUCCGACAGUUCAUCCUGAAGGAGAACCCGGAGACACUGCCAAUCGCUCGUUCACACAUUACAAAAUUAUAUUGGCUGCACAGAGCGGUCCAGUUCGGGACGUUGCUGAUAGUCCUGCGGAUCCUGCUGCGCAGCUCAUUGACGCGCUCGGCGUGGUUCUUCCUCCUGUCAAUCGUGCUGCGCCUCUGUCGCAUGAUUGUUUGACGGCUGAGAGCCAGAGAAGAGACCGAGUCCGAUGAACGUAACGAGAAGCGAACGCCGACCUCGGAGCAUAAUUUAAAGGUGCGAAUUGCCCUUCGACCUUGUCGCUCAGCCUCCCCGACGAUAACGCGCUAUCUGCACUCCCAUAAGUUGGCCUUUUCAAUGUUUGUAUUCGUUCGUAAAUAUUAGCAGCGGCUAGGGGUGUGACGCGAUUCCUUCAAGAUUGUCGGCUACCGGACGAAGUGGAACGCGCCCAGCUGCGCGGGUCUGCAUUCUGUAUACCCUUUACCCAACCCGUGGAAUUGCAUCGAGACUUUUGCUACCGCGAUCGUACGUACCCGUUGGACGGCGCACUGCUAGGCGCUUCGGGAACAAGCCAAUGGUGGGAGCAAAAUUGGUCCUGGUCUUAUGGUCGUGGUCUUGGUCUCGUAAAACGUGCAAACCUGGACCAGGACUUGGUCUCGCACGGUUGGGACUUGGUCUUGCAAAAAGUGCAAGCUUGUAAAGCCAAGGCCUGAUUUUGUACGGUCGAAUCUUGGUCUUAGCCUUGCAUGUACGACCAAGAUCAAUUUUGCCAAUCGCUGCAAGCCGAUCACGCAUCUGCAACGGAUUUCGAGGCUGUCCCUGAUCUUCGAUUUUGACUUUAAACUAUUAAGCGGAUCAAGUUGACCGUGGCUCUUAGUAUCGAGGCGCGAUCGGAGGAGUUUCAAAGACAACUCCUCAGGUCGUCGGAUCGACAUCUUAGUUUCUCCCUAUUCCGCCAGAUCGAUCUCGAGAACUAGCCGAAACGUUUGCACGUCGACAUUCGGAAACCAUCUAUUAACUGGGAGAAUUGUAUUGAACUACCCAAAGGAACGAUUCUUCUAAUUCCUGCUCGCACCAUCAAAGGAAAAAUGCCGAUCCGUGGCAUGUGCUUAACUCUGACGGCGAAAAUCAUUAGGUCCACGAUCACCUGCACGCAUUCGGGAAUUUUAGCCAUCAGUAUCAAAGGAUUACCCCUUACCAAGUCCUACGUUUCUUUAAUGGAUUUUUGUUAACGAAUGAGACUUCGUGCUACUCGAAGUACCGAGCUCGGAAAACGAGAAACUAACAUCGUCUAUGAAUUCGCAAACGAAGUUGGGGAGCUCCUCGAGGUCGAUCCUCGUUCUUCAGGGCCGGACUCGAAGUCGAGCCGAUACGUGGGCUGGUUCACGUUCCUAAAACGUGUCCUUGCUUAGAAUUUUCCCUAGAAACCGACGGAUAAAAAGGUGAUACGAUUCGGGAACCCAAAGCGAGCGCAUGUUGGGGUCUCGUAGGCUUCACAUUGAAGUCGUUCCGCGAUGAGUGAAUUUACCUCGCCUUCCAUUUCCCUGAACCGUUUCCUCUGUUUGUCGUCUGUUUCCAUGGACGAGUUUAAGCCGGGGCUGUUCUCGAAUGCCGUUUGGAAUAAGUACCUCACAGCCAAAUGGACUUGGCGAGUCGAAUUACAGAACGCCUCGGUUACGAUGUAGGUCGUUGGUCGUCGCACGCCUGCAACACGUGGGCAUCAGGAUACUCGGCAGAGUUUCGCGCCAACUACAUUGAAACGCAUGCGCGAUACAAUUAUCGGUACUUUGCACAACGUCAACUUGUGAUAUUAAUACCUCCUACCGUUCGAUCGUUAGGGAGACGUCGAAUCGCUGCUUUUACCGACCCGGCUUGAAAAAAGGCGACUUUUUCCUGGCAAUUAAGGCGGGACGAAAGUAUCCCCUUAUGAAAUGUUUCUCCAAACUGGACCCACCAAAUCGUUUCAAGUUUAACCACGUGGACGUGGAGACUCUAAGGGAAGUCCCGACAUCUAUGAUAUUUAAACUUUUUAAAUAUAUUCUGCUUUCGGGAUGUCAAUCGGUUCCUUAAGUCGACUCGAAAAAUCCGGGAGAAACUAAGGUGUCGAUAAAAAGUCGAACCCCCUUAGCCCUCUAGCUACGACGGACUUAAAGAAGCUACAUCACCUGUACGGACAGCUCGAGUGGGAAUAUUAUGUAUAUUAAUACGAUAUUCACGUUGCUUCAAAUCCGUAGUAAAAAGGGGGUCCACUAUGGUUUCGCUUUGUAAAAAUGAAACCACUAUGCGUAGGAGCGUUUCGUUAAAAAAGCGUAACUAUAGUGGCUUAGCUAUUUCGUAGCUAAAAGGUCGAAGAAAAUGGUUCCUCGGGAACUCGGUAAAUGGACGCAGUGGAUUUCCGUAGACGAAGCUUGCAUAGUGCCUGAAUCCUCGUACACCGAGUUUACAAGGAACGCGAGGAAAGGGAAAACUCGGUAGAGGUUUGCACCAAAUACAUGAAAUUCAGGGGAGAGGUAAGGCAGGUCGGGGUCGGUCGGUAAAACAGCGCUCCGUCGUCGCCGUAGCGAAAGACGCAUUCGGCGUGGACGCGGAACGCACGCGCGGACAGUCGCGGGUCCGCACCUCGCACGUGCGCUCGGAAGUCUGUUUUUUGUUUCCGUCCUAACCUUACUUUAUCUUUCUCCCUUUCGUUAUUUUUCGGGGACCGUUUAUGCUCUAUUCUUAAUUCUUACUCGAUCCUAAUUCCGAGCAACGAGACUUACACCCCUCUACAGCUUAUACGGUUCGUUGCAUAACCUCCAAACUGCUCCAAAUUAAAACGAAAUGGUGGAAAUGAAAAUCGUUCGAUUUUUCUAUUUUUAUCUACAUCUUAAAUUUAAGCACUUUAAAACAUUUUAAUUUGUAAUUGUUUUUUAGUUCUUAUUUCAUCAACGCACAUGGGUCUUCCCAGACGGUCACCCAUCCGAGUACUGACCACACCCAAUGUUGCCUAUCUUCGGUAAUCGAACUAUUUUUUUUUUUUUAAUUUUAUUUAACUUAUGACUGAAACAUGAAUCCAUACAAGUUUUUAAUAAACCAAAGAGUACAUUUUACUUAAAUCGUUACACGUGGCCCGCGCUACCCUAAAGUUUGGAAAUAAAUUAAAAACUAGGAACUUUUAUAGAAUUAGAGGGGAAAUUAGGGUUAAGAUAAGGGAAGCAUAAACGGUCGCUGUGAACAAUUGAAGUUAGGACGGAAGCGUAAACCUGACUUCGUACGUGUCUCUGGUCGACGUAUACCGGAAGUCCUGCUUUUUGCAUCGUCGGUAUCUGACAUUCUUUUUACUUUUACUCCGUGAUGUAAGAUACCUAGUUAGAUAUUUUAUUACGUCCAAGUUAUACAGAACCCGCGGCGCGUCCCGCGUUCGUUAAGAACGCGCCGAGACGCGCCCUAGAGUAACUUUAUUAGCGGAAAACGAGAAACCAUCUCCGAGCCGAAUCUGGGAUGCGAUUCUCUAGAAGUUGUUAGACACGUCGUCGGGAUUACGCGAAAGCCUUAGCACGUUAAGUACUUAGCCGAAAGUAAUUGCGUGUCAGUCCGCCUCGGGGAGUAAUCCAAACUCGUACGGGGCACCGAAUAAG